UGGCGAGGGGUCUUGGCGCAGAAAGAUCGAGAGGAAAGAAGAGACCGGCAGUUGGGCGCGAAACCUAGAGAGAAGAAGGUAGUGUUGAAGUAGCGUCCGGCAAAGUUUAAACUAAAUUCGUGUGUGAAAUUGGUUUUUCGUGCGUAAAACGUGAAAUACAAAGUGUGCAAGUGAGACCAAACGUGAUUUUUAUUGUCUCAUCCAGCCAUCCGGCGACAUUUGGUGUCAGAAGUGGGAUUCGAGUGCUCACUUCCCGGGCUGUGACGACGUGGUGGUCGCGUUGCUGAGAGUUUUUAUCCGGCAUUAUUACAAACAUCUGACUUACCGUGCACCUUUUCAGUAUUCAUCAACAUUUUACGUGAACGAAACUUGUUGCUGAAAGUGUUUACGGCGUCUUCAAGAGAGAAUUUCAUCCCGAUUUGCUGGUGUUUGUGGCUGAUUCCCCCACCCUCUGAGACGCGCGGAGAGGUUCGACGACUUUGCGCCCAUCCAAUAUGGCGGAUCGAGCAAGCGGAGGAACCUUGCCUGCCUGCCCCACAUGUGGCAACCCCCCGGUACCAAAGAAAAAGAAGAAGAGGAGCCAGGGAAAUAAAGAUCGAAAGAACAAAUACAACCGGGAGAAGAGAGCGUUAAAGAGAAAAAUCGCGAGAGAGGCGAAGGAGCAACAGGUGGAUGGAUCUGUUCCGGAUGGAUGGCAGUCUCGUGUAGUGCGUAUAUCGGAAGAGCCAUCUGUAUCAUCUACUAGUUCCAAUAUUAGUCUUCCAUCGGCAGUGGUAACUAAUCCGGAUGAGUGGCAGUCCCGCAUAGUUCGCGUUAUUGAAAAACCUUCCAUACCGGCGCCCGAUUUGAAUGCCAACGUCUCUUUGGAUCCCAAACGCGUGCGGACUCGCUACCACCAAACUAUCCAACCGUGGGGAACUAAAGAAUGGAAGUCGGCGGAGGAAAUUGAGGCCUGGAAAGCCACUCAGACUACUACCGUAGGUGCUCCAGCAGAGGCGGCCCAAGUAACAGCAGAAGAAGAGGUGGAACUUGAUCUGGGGGGUCCGGAAUUUACUGAAUUGGACAUUCAACCACCACCACCACUUAUUCGACCAGACCCAUCGACUUUCUUGUACGAGCGGUAUAUCCAGAACGCCGAGGCAGAGCAACGCCAUCGAGAGAAUAGGUUCGACGAGACACGGAGAAGAAAUAGAGAGCGGAGGAACGGAGCAAGAUCUGAGCGUCAGAAUUUAGUGUGUCCGCAACCACGAGACUCAGCUGGGCGUUUCAUUCGAGGACGCGUAGAUCGUGGAGGUAGAGAAGUGGCUCGCAAAUCUGCCGGACUUAAUAAGUCGCACCGUUCUCGGCCGUAUUGACGGAUGUUGUUGUACUUCUUGUGAAGAAAAUAAAUACAAUUGAGUCAAUAUCACUCGUCUAUGUCUCUAAAGCCCUGUCGGUGUAAAAUUGGAGAUUGUAAAAACUGCGUUUGCGCAAAAAGAAAUUACCCGUGCUCGUUACACUGUGGGUGCAACCUGAAUAAUAAUUGUCAAAAUCAAUUCACUAUGGCCAAUCAACAGGAUCUAAUUGACGCGC